GUGGACGUGGGCAACAAGGGGCAAGCAUCUGGAGUGGAUUUGCAGGGCCAGGCUGCUCUGGAGAGUCUGGGUCCUGAGGGGCUCCGCCAGAUGUUGAUCUCCACCCUCGAGUCUCUGUACCAGGAUCGCAUCAAGCCGAUGGCCAACUACAUCAAGGGCCGUUUGAAAGAGAGGUCCGUGCCGGAUAUCAUCGUGAAAUCCUUCGAGGACUUGUACACACAGCACCCGGACCUCUUCGAUGUGCAGAACCCCAAAAGUGGCGAAGAGACGACGAUCUACUUCCACAAGCCCCCUGCUUGGUUUAAAGGUUGGGUGGACAUCGACUCGCCCGAUGAUCCCUACGACGAGACCAUGUGGAAGGAGCUCGCAAAGUUCUUGGACGGGGAGCACACCUUCGCGGGAGGACGCUACGGCAUGGCCCGGGAGCUCAUGCA